UACCCCGGCGUCGAUUGUCAAUGUCACUAAUCAAUUCUUCUUGUCUUUAUCCUAUGAUUCUACGAUUUAGGAAAUAAACAAAGCAAAAAUGUUUCAAUCUCAUCUACACUUCAUAAUACAAAGCUAGAAAUUUUACAGGGUGUUUAAAGAGUUUCUCGCAUACAACUCCUAUUCUAUACAGUUCAUUUUUGUCUCACAAAUGACUUUGGAAGAUCCAUUUUUUGUUGUGAAAGAUGAAGUAUUUAGGGCUCUAAAGAAAACCCGUGGUCUCUAUCGUCGAUGGUCUGAUUUCCAGAGCGAGUCAGAGCUAAUCACCAAAGAUGAAAUCGAUUGGACCAAUACUGAACUGAAAAACUCACUUAGAAGUAUUGAAUGGGACCUAGAAGACUUAGAGGACACUAUCGACAUUGUUGAAAAGAAUCCCUCUAAGUUCAAAAUCGACAAUAAAGAAUUGACCAAGAGAAAACAUUUUAUCGACUCGACCAAGAGCGAAAUUCAGUCUAUGAAGGAUAGGCUUAGUAUGAACAGAGGGAAGGACAAAGAUAAAUUUGCCAGACAGCCUCUUUUGGAGAACAACAGUCCAGCUAGAUUAACCAGCAUGCAUAGCGGAACCAAAUAUUCGAAGCUAGAGAAUGAGAUUGAAAGCCCGCAGCAUCAAUUUCUGCAGAGGCAGCAAAUGUACGAGGUUCAGAAUCAGGAGGACCAACUUGAGGCGAUUGCAGACAGUUUGGGCUCAUUGAAAACUGUGUCUAGGCACAUUGGGAUUGAGCUUGAUGAGCAGGAAGGAAUGUUGGAUGAAUUUCGAACAGAGCUUGAAAGCACUGACUCAAAACUGGAUACCACCAUGAAGAAGAUGGCUAAAGUGUUGAGAAUAUCAAAUGAAAAGGGCCAGUGGAUUGCCAUAAUUGUUCUAAUUGUAGUAAUUAUUAUUGUGAUACUUUUAUUCUUUAUACUGUGAUUUGGUUUUUCGUGGAAUCAAGCUGUUUGUGUAGUGGUGAAUAGACGUACAAAAUUCAAACUGAACAACAUUGUAUCGAAUUUAAUUUUUUUUUCCGGUAGCUCUAGCGAUAUUAGUAAGUAAAGCUAAAUGCUUUUCUAUUUACCUUUAAUUAAUUUGCAAGUGCAGUUUUGUUAUUGGGCGUCUAUUUAAUUGUAUUAAAAAAUAUUUAUAUAAGAAAAUGGUGUGCCAUAAAUUAGACGUGAUCAAAGUUAUAUACCUUACUUCUCAUGAAUACUAAAGAUGACCUCAGCAAAGUAGACAUGUUUUUAUACAUUGUUUCUUGAAACGUAGCUUGGCCUUAGGUAAAACUUAGCAAAGUUGUUAAAAGUAAGUACAUAACUGAUAGUUACUAAUGAGAUUGAUAUCUGGUUCAUACAGUGAAAUAUGUGGUCGGAUUAUUGUUACAAAUGUCUUGUUUUUAUAUAAAACUAGUGACUAGAUAUGUAUCAACAUAUAGCGGUUAGAAAGCUCGGUAUAUUGAGUUAUUGCUAAUUAUGAAUUAUUUACAAGUGGUAUUUCAGAAAGCCUAGUCUUGCAUUUAUUUGGUAGAUUUGUCUCUGAACUUCAACAAAGAUUAUUUUGAGUCUAAUUAUUUUUAUACUUUUAUUGUCGUAAUAACUGAAAUUUAUGUAAUAUAGAAUAUUUAUUGAUAA